GAAAUCUUGAUCUUCUAAGUGCUUUUACCUGAAAAAAUAGAGAACCCGGCUAAACCAAACAAAAUCAAUAGACAAUAGGAAAAUGGGACUUCUGUCAGAUCCAAAGAAAAGGCAGAAAAUAUUAGAUGUGAUAUCUAAGUAUAACAACCACCUAUCUGUUCUAUGUUACAUUGCUGGGGUCACAUGGUUUCUGGCUUUAGCUUACCAACCACUCAAUGCUCGUACCUACUUUUCUGAAAAUGCUUUAUUGCCAGGUCUAGUAGAAAAUGAGUUUUACCCAGAGUUGGAUAUGGAAUCCCUGGUACAAGAGUACAAUGAACAGCUUCAAAAGGAAAAAAACAAUGUACCUAGAAAAUGGGUUGCAGACCAGUUCAUAGCUUUGGGUUUAGAUACUUAUAUACAGAACUACACUAUACUGUAUCCAUUACAAUUAACUAGGGGAAAGAGUGUACCAGGCCAGAAUGUCUAUGGAAUAUUGAGAGCUAGGAGAGCCAGCAGUACAGAGUCUAUUGUUCUCUCUAUGCCCCUUCGUCAAAAAGAGUCGGAUAUGCCUUCAACCACUGGUAGUAUGGUGUUAAUGCUUGCCCUGGCAAAAUACUUCAGACAGAAACCAUAUUGGGCCAAGGAUAUAAUAUUUCUUGCCACUGAUCAUGAACAAUUUGGGAUGCAAGCGUGGCUAAAUGGUUACCAUGACAUCAGCUCUGAUUACAUAUCCCCAGGAGACCUAAUGGGUAGAAGUGGAUCUAUACAAGCAGCUUUAAAUCUAGAGAUACCAGAUUCUAACCUGAAGCAUCUAGAUAUCAAGAUACAGGGAUUAAAUGGACAACUACCUAACCUUGAUCUUGUCAACCUAGUGGUCAGAUUAUGUCAGAGGGAAAGAGUGGAAGUGUCAAUACACAAGCAAAAAGAUUAUUAUGAUGCUGAAUCUGUAGAUGGAUACAAGCACUCACUGAAAACCAUGAUGAAAAUGAUGUGGUCCCAUGCUUCUGGUGUCCCUACAGGAAAUCAUGGACUCUUCCAUAGAUAUCACAUUGAGGCUGUUACUAUUGAGGGGAUCACAAAGAGAAAAGGACAUCACAUUUCUUUGGCAAAAACAGGAAGAGUUAUAGAGGGUAUAUUUAGGAGUCUAAACAACUUAUUGGAGAGGUUUCACCAAUCUUUCUUCUUCUACAUUUUACCAGCCACGGAGAGAUACAUCUCUAUAGGACUGUAUAUGCCACCAUUUGGUCUCAUAUGUGCUGCUGGUCUCAUCAAAGCUGUUGCUAUAUGGAUAGCAUUAAGUACACGUAACUCUGAAAAUAUUACCAGUGACUCAGAAAAUAAAACCAGUGACUCAAAAAAUAAUACCAGUGACUCCAAGGAAGAAAAAGAAAGUGAAGCCAAGGAAGAGAAAGAAGAUACUAAACAGACUGACACAGAUAAUGAGGAUGAAGAUUCUCCUGAGGAAGCCUCUAGAGAAGGAGUAUCAACAGUAUUACCUUUAAUAUUAUUUAGUUUUCUGAUGGGUGUAUUCUGUUUUACUGGACCAGAGUUUGUUACAACUAUGUCUCCAUCAUUCAGGAUUGGGGUAGAAGAUACAGUCUUCUUUGGACUGCUGGCUUUGUUCUCUGCUUGUCUUUUAUUACCAAGGACUGUAGCAAAAAAAUCCCAGUCAUCUGAUAAGAGGUUGAUAUUUGAUUGGGAACUACUGAAGAGUAUAGGCCUGAUAUUCCAGUCAUUAGUACUUUUUUCUAUAUCAUUGAUGAACAUAUCUUUAGCCUUCUUCUUAGCAGUAUUUAUAAUACCUGUAACAGUUAUUACACAUCCUUGUAAAAAUAGAAUAUUUUGUUGGCUACAAAAGAUUUUACUUCUACUCCUGUGUCCUGCAGUUCAAAUUUGUAUAGCAUCAAUGAUCUCAACAAUGGAAGGACGUUACAAAGGAUCAUGGGAUUUAAUACAGAAGUCCUUUGAGAGCAUGAAACAUGGCCUAGUUUUGACAAUCUUAGACAGAUAUUUGUUUGGGUCAUGGAUGUAUGGCUUAUUUUGUUUUACAGUUUUGCCAACAUGGUUGAUGUUCUGGACAAUAGUACACUGUGAUCUCUAAAAUAACAGAACAGGCCGGAACGUUGUGUAUACUUGUGACCUGUAAUAUCCCACCUAAAAAGAAUUAGCAAAUUAUGAGAGAUAGGGGUGCUAAUCUGAGGACUGUAACAUAAAAAAACUUUAUAAAGCUUUGAAUUUUUAGAAGAUAGAAAAGCUAGAUUUGAUGUGGAAUUUCCAUCUUGAGAAUGUAUAUUAUCUGUGACAUCAUUUUUGUCUCAUCUUGAUGGAGUCAAAAAGCGAGACAUAGGUAUGCUGUUUCCGGCGUCAACAAUGUAUUAGUUUGUGAUUAGGUUUAGUUCAUGGUGAAUCACUAGUGGUAGGUCAAUGAUAUUUGGUAUGCAGUUGUAUUAGCAUUGGCACAUCUCAUUACCAUGAAGAUUAUUUGGCCCUGCCCCCUCAGUCAAGGUCUAUUGACUUUGAAACUUUUCAUAGUUUACAUGUAUUAGUUUGUGAUUAGGUCAAUUUAUGGGGAACCACUAGUGGUAGGUCAAUGAUAUUUGGUAUGCAGUUGUAUAAGCAUUGGCAUAUCUCAUUUCCAUGGAGAUUAUUUGGCUCCGCCCCCUUAGUCAUGGUCUAUAGACUUUGAAAAUUUUGCUAAGUUAACAUGUAUUAGUUUGUGAUUAGGUCAGUUCAAGGGGAACCAUUAGUGGUAGGCCAAUGUUAAUUGGUGUUCAGUUGUAUAAGCAUUAGCACAUCUCAUUUCCAUGGAGAAUAUUUGGCCCACCCCUCAGUCAUGGUCUAUUUACUUUGAAACUUUUGCUUAGUUUACAUGUAUUAGUAUGUCAUUAGAUCAGUUUAAGAUGAACUGCUAAUGUUAAGUCAAUGAUAUUUGGUAAGCAAAUUUAUUGGCAUUUUCAAGUAUCGUUUCCAUGGAGAUUAUAUAGCCCCACCCCUGAUUUUGAAACUUUUACAUAGUUUACAAGUUAAUGUUUGUGUUUAGGUUUGUUUAAAGGGAACGACUUAUGAUAAGUCAAUGGUAUUUGGUAUGCAGUUGUAUUAGCAUUGGCACAUCUCAUUCCAUGGAGAUUGUUUAGCCAUGUAUCUUCAGUCAUGGUUCAUCAACUUUGAAUAUUUGCAUAACUUACAUGAUAAAGUAUUGCUAUUUUAAUUUCAACAUUUGCAUUAUCAAAAUUACAAAAAGGCGAGACAUAUCUCUGUGAUAACAGUUUAUUAUAGUGCAUUGACUACAUGUGUAUGGUUAUCAAAUGAUCUUUUCAGUUAUGAGGAAUAGGUCCACAAAAUUUGGUAUAUAGAAUCAUUAUCAUUCCAAGGUAUACAUAUGAAUUCACCAUGAACUCAUUUUCAUAGUUGAUUGGUCAACAGGUUAUGUUUUCAGUCAUUUUCUGUAUCACAUCCAAUAUAUUUUGUCAAUUAGAAACAUGCCUGUUUGACAAGGACCCUUAUUUUCAUGGUUCAUUUUAGCAUAAAGGUCAGUUUCUCUAAGUUAUAGGCCCACCAUAAUUAAUGAAUAACAAGUACAUGUGGAAAAGGAAGGAUAAGGCAUAUCAGUUCAAGACACAAAAUAACAAUAUGCUUAUAAAAAACAAAAAGUAAAUAACAGCAUUUUGACUGCCUUAUUUUCUUUAUCUCAAAGUCACAGUGAGGCCUUCAACAUAGUGCAAAAACCUCUAAGCUCACUUCAAGUUCAAGAUGACCCCUAGCACAAAUUUGAGUGGAAUUCUUUGUUAGAUGACAAUUACACUACAUGAUAUAUUAAAAGUGUAGUCUGACUGCAUACAUCUAACCUUGAUCUCAUUUUCCAUUUUUCAAUGUUAAGUUUCUGUGAUUUCAUGCAAAUCUUACUUAAUAAAAGUACAUGUAAAUCCUACUAACUUUUGGUGAAUAGAAUCAUUGAAAAGUGAACAACCUGUCUGAGAGGGUUCACCUUGGCAAGACCUCAUUUUCAUGGAUCAUUAAUGUUUUGUUUACCAUAUGAUACCUGUAUAAUACGACUUUAACAUAAAUCAGUUGAACUGGUGAGACAUUUUAGUGCAUCCACUCAUGUUUACCAUUUUAGUAGAUUGAAUGAUUGUAAAGUGUAGGAGUUAAAGGAUUCUAGUCAAUAUAAGAUAAAGUUUAAAAAGGAUCAUUAACUGAAGAUAAGUGAUGCAAGCAGAUUGAGGAAACAAAUUUUUACAUUCCCACAUGUGUUUGUGAUAGUUUAUCUGAAUUAUUAUGCAAAAAAAUAAAUAUGGGAAAGAGUUCAGCGAGUAAAUAUUUUUGAUUUUUUACCUCUACAGAAUGAGUAAUAGUUAUGUAAGAAAUUUUUUUAUGUGAUUUUUUUUUGCUACUAGACAGAAAAUGCAAUGUUUUUUUUAAUGUCGUACUUUUUCAAGCUUCACCUUUUUUAACUAAUCAGGAAGAAAUUAUUUUUAUUACUUUAAAUAUUUGUGUGGAAAAUCAUUCCCCAAAUUUUUAUUAUUCUAUAAAUAGGUACCAGUGUUGUGGUUUUUUUUUAUGGAGAUUGGGUUUUGAUUUUUUUUUACAGAACUGAAUGAUCAAAUAAAAUAUUUGGAAAUCUUAGAUCUGGAUUAAGCAUCAUUAUGAGGGACAAAUUGAUAACUCUGCAUAAUCUUCUGAUGUCUUUUUUUACAGUAGUACUUUGAAUAUUGUGAUAUUUUAUCAAUCAGAUGAUUUUUUGGUUACAAUCAUCAAUAUGUACUUUAUUUCCAAUAUUAUUUGAUGAAACAUUAUGAUUAUGCAUUAUUUUUAUUUUAGGUGCAAAAUAUAUUAUUUCCUGUGUGUUAAAAGAGAUUUCACACAAUAAAAGACAAAUAUUUGUU